AUGGCCGAAGGAACUUGGAGGGAGCUGUCCAAGGUCGCUGUCCUGGGUGCUGAAUAUAACUCCCCUGAACGCCAGCCCCAUCCGAAAUGUUUGAAAGAGACCCGAGUGAACUUUCUCAAAUUUAUCUACGGAUUGUUGGACAAGCGAGAGAAGAGUCAGCUCAUUUGGUUGCAUGGCACUGCGGGCGUCGGAAAAUCUGCCGUGGCAUUCACUGUGGCCGAGAAGAUGAAAGGUCUGAUGAUGGCGGAGACGACGAAAAUCGAAACAAGGCUCGCAGGAACAUUCUUUUUCUCGCGCAAUAACACGGAGCGCAGCACAGCUGGUCGUUUCUUUGUGACCCUUGCUCACCAGCUUGUGAUCAAUUUUCCCAGCGUCCAGAACGACGUGAGCAGAGCUAUCCGCGAGAAUCCUGCGGUUCUAAACUCCAGCAAGUCUCUUCGCGACCAGAUGAUGGCGUUAUUCUGCCGACCUCUCAGGCACCUGAAAUACAGUCUGCGCGAGUGUCCGCCUCCGGUGUUUGUUGUCGAUGCCCUCGAUGAAUGCGAACCCAAUGCCGUCGCCGAUCUGAUCUCCCUCCUCGGGGAAGCUCUUCGUGAUCCUGAACUUCCCGUGUUCCACAUUCUGCUCACGAGUCGCUUGGAGGAGCAUAUCGGUGAAGCCAUGCGAAGUGAAGAAAUGCCCACACUGGUGUAUGAGAUACCGGUGAACACUUCUGGGGAGGGCGUUGCUGGCGCCAUUUCAUUAGAUGGCGAAGAUAUAAUCUUACGCGGCUGGCGAACCGAGCUGGCAGACGUUUCAUCGUGGCAUCUACAAUGA